CCGCAACCAGGCGGACAGACAGCGAUCUACUGGUCCCAUUGUCGCACCGAGGCUUAAAUGGCAGACGCAGACGAAGAUGCCAUACCUACAACGUCCGCCUCAGGCCCAGAUGACCUCGAAGAUGAAACGCAAGAUUUCCGAUUCCUCGCUCAACUCACAUCCACGAGUAGUGGGCAAACCAUAGUCCCCAAGCGAGGCACAAAAGACUUCGAGCCGAACCCUACACGAUCACAAGUCUCUGCCCUCGAUGCGUCACGCCUGGCCAUGCACACUGCCCUCAGCGCGGUGCGGGUACACACAGGGAAGCAUGUUGUAGGACAAUACCUCCCAGAUGAAGAGGACUGGAGAUGGGACGACAAUGGCGCCGGAGUGAGGCACGGGCGAUGCGUCGUGGUCCCGAUAUUCAAGGGCACGCACUCGAAAGUCAUGGGCCUGGCGGACAGAUAUAAUCGGACUUGGUUGCUGCCCGAAGAGGCACUGUUUCUGCUGGAAAGGGGAACUUUGGAUAUAAGAUGGCCUGAUACUGAGGAAGAUGAAGAGCAACAUGAGCCAGAGCAGGAGCAGUAUCAGUCGAUACAAGGUGACGCCGCAUCCCAAGUACCGACGGACCAGGUUGACAACGAGGACAACUCGCGAUCUCAGCAAGAGAUUGGUCCGAAGAUUGGCGAGCUGCCUAUGAGUUUACAAGGUGCAUACGCCAGCUUCAUCGGCAAAGACUGCCUGACUCUGGAACGAUACACUGUAUACGCCGGGCUGAAGAGAACCGGUUAUAUUGUCCAGCGAGCGCCGACAUGGCAUGACCACGACCCGCCUCAGGUCAACGGACAUAUGCAUCCACAGAUCGAGUCUCGAGCUGUUACUUCCACACCGCCUCCAUCAACACCUGCCGCCAUCGCACCGCACCCAACUGCACUCUCGAAUGCCGCCAGCCUGGUCCACAGACUAGUCUCGUGGCUCUUCCGACCGCACCACGGCGAGGCCUGUCCGGCCCUUGGUCCACUCCUCGGGCCAGGCCUGUACAGGAAUUACACAGAUAUAUUCCGGGCAUUGGCAUUGAUACCGUAUCACGACCCAAGCAAGACGAUAGCCCCAUCUGCUUCCAUUACCGACGUCGACUCUCCCUCCUCUCAAUCCAGAUCAAACCCUCGACCUCCGUUCCGCGUGCACUUCCACGUCUGGAAAGCCAGCGGACAGAACGCAUACCGCAAAACAGCACCUCCCCCGCCAGACUUCCGUGUCGCCGUGAUCGAUGCGCGGACGACAUCUGUGCCGACACUCUCGGAGAUCGGAGACUUACUUGACUCCCAGCCCGACGAUGCAUUGUCGAAGGAGAAGGCAGGCAGGCUAGAGACCCGCAUCAAGCAUGGGAGGAAAAACGUCCUGCUUGCGGUCGUGGAUAUGGGCGUUGUAAGUUACCUGAGGUUGAGCGACGCGUGUUUCGGGGCGGAGAAGUUGUACGAGGAAAAAGCCCGAGCUGGAACAAAAGGAAAGAGACCUCAAGGGGGAGGGGCUGGAAAAAAGGGCCAGCAGGCGCAAAAGCAGCAGAAUCAGCGAAAGAGUAGUUAAUGAAUGGGCGGCAACCAGACUAAUACUGACAGGGCAGUUGGGAGGAUUAGGUAUAUGUAGGGUGGCGUUGCGAUACUUUUGCACAGAUCGUGGCCCAUCGAUGGUCUUAUGGAUGGAUGGUAUGAGUCAAGACGCUGAGCAUGAGUCUCGAGGCGCCAAACCAGCAUAGAUAUGAUACCCCGUUAGAUAUUACACGCAAGAGAGCAUGAGCUGAC